GUUUUUAUAUCACUAGGACUGUAUUGCUGUUUAAGCUUAUUGGCUUUUAUUUUUCUUUCUAAAUGGGCGUUGUAUAUUUUUGUUUACCAAAUGAUUCAUUUCACAGGCAGUUGUGUGAAUUGUUUCAAAAAAGGCGCAAAUGUGAAUACUGAACGAUUAAAAACGAAAAAAAUUAAUCCUAAGUCAAAAUAAAAGUCAGCUUCAAGGUGUGCCGCUCAAACAAAGGAAACAAAUCUAUCCAACAAAAAAGAGGGCUUUUCAUUUGAUUAUAGAAAGUAACUCGUUUGCUUUGCUUUUGUUUGGUUUAAAAAUCGAUAUCUUGUACCAUUUUCUCCGGCAACCCAUGGGAAGGAAAAGCAAAACCAAACCCCACGCUUAGGCGAAAUCGGACGGUCUGAAUUGUUAUUUGAAACUUCUAGCUGAAGAAACACGCUCGUCAGCUUCAGCAACAAUUUUGAGUUUUUAAAGUCAAGUAGCUUUCCUAUCCUCUUUUUAGUCUUCUUAGGAAUUCAAUUGUCCAGUAAUGUUUCUGAAUGUUCUUCAGAAAGAGGCUCGAAAUUUCUGAAAAACAAGAAAGGAGAAUCCAUUAUAGGGGGUCGUACACUAAUACGUUUCGAAAACCGCCAUAUUUUGCUCCUCCGAAACUGCAGCCCGCUUUAUUUUUCUCCUAAAACCAAAGCCGCCCUACUAGUAGGACGAUUCUCAUCAUAAUCGAUCUUUUAACGGAGCGUAACAAAUUCUUCACUAUAUUUUAGCUCAACAAUCGUAUUUCGCCUCACACAAAGACCACAAAAUCUUAAGAACAGUGAGAACAAAUUGUUUCUAACUCCAUUCAGCAACCAGCAAACAAAACGCAAACACAAAGAUUGCUCGAGAUGUUUGACUGACCACCACAAAAGCAAGCAAAAACUGACAACCGCGAGCUGAAUUUAUAAUUUCUUAACCGUAAACCGCCAGGUAAAUUUCCCGCAAACCGACUCUCAAAAUUAGCUUCAACCGCCAAACCAAAUAGACCCUCAGAAAACGUCGCGUGCGCGUGCGCCGAUAGUGUAUUAUAGCUCAGCCAAUUAGAUUGCAGCAUGUACAAGACGGGCAGACACGUGAGACAUACAAAAAGAAAUGUAUCGCGGACAUCCUGCGAAUUGGUUGAGCUGUCGUCUUGUUGGAUUCAUUCAAUCUGUCUUCCUACAGGAUAUUUGUGCCCCUGAUCCUCCAAGCCUAUUCGUCGAUGGAUCUAGCAGACAUGACAUUACUCAAGGCUUGCUGGGUAACUGUUGGUUUGUGGCAUCUUGUGCAACAAUGGCCCUGGAGCCGUCACUUUUAGAGGAGGUUAUUCCCGACAUGAAGAAGCAGGAGUGGGACCCGAAUGACGUGGGAAAUUACCAGGGAAUAUUCAGGUUUCGGUUUUGGCGCCAGGGUGAGUGGACGGAAGUUGUAAUCGAUGAUCUACUGCCUACAAUUAAUGGUCAGUUGGUCUUCAUCCAUUCCAAGGAGAAGAACGAAUUUUGGGGAUCGUUAGUUGAGAAGGCAUACGCAAAGUUAAAUGGAAGUUUCGAGGCAUUGGAGGCAGGAAAUAUCGCGGAUGCCCUGGUGGAUUUCACAGGCGGUGUGUGCGAGUCAGUCAACCUAAAGGAUGCUGGCUUCAAUGAUGAUGAAGAAAGAAGGCUAGCUUUUUUCAACAGCAUGCGAAAAGCAAUGAGUGACAGAUCGCUAGUCGGUGCUUCUAUCACGGCCAAAAAAAAUGAAGACAUAGAGAGACGCACCGAAACUGGCUUGGUAAUGGGACAUGCUUAUAGCGUGACUUCAAUGAAGAAGAUCACCACUGGCGAGGGCUUGUUCAACUUGUUUAACCGUGAGCAUCUAUACUUGAUUCGACUGAGAAAUCCCUGGGGACAGAAAGAGUGGAACGGCGCUUGGAGUGAUGGUUCAGCAGAAUGGGAAAAGCUAGAUGCAGAUGGAAGAAAAAAGCUUGGACUAGAUUUUGAUGACGAUGGAGAGUUCUGGAUGGCGUUUGAAGACUUCUGUCGUUACUUUUCCAAAGCCACCAUAUGUCACUUGAUGAAUACAUCAGUGUUCUCGAUUUCAAAACGCUGGCAUCUUUUUAAACACAACAACGAGUGGAAGCCGGAUUUCUCUGCUGGUGGAUGUGUUACUAACCAAGACAGCUUUUUUAGGAACCCACAGUAUGCUUUCAGCAUCAAAGACAAGGAUGAUGGAGAAGUCAUGAUUGCUCUGAUGCAAGAGGACACGCGCAUCGAUAGAGAUGAAGGUGGAAAGAAUCUAACUAUUGGAUAUUUCAUCAUGAAGGUGGAAGAGAAUCGUACUUACCGCUUGCAUUCAAUGAUGGAAAAAGCUGGCGACUCGAUCUUCAUAAACAUGCGUGAGGUGGUGAACAGAUAUCAGCUGAAACAAGGAAGAUAUAUUGUCAUACCAUCAACCUACGAUCCGAACGAGGCGGGAAAUUUCAUGAUUAGAAUCUUCACAGAGAAGUCUUCGAAUGCAAGUGUUCUGGAAAAGCACCAUCCUACUGGCAGUAAAAUCUUUUGCUGCAUUCCAAGAUUCCGCACCCCCGUGUGUGUCUUGUCUGUGUUGGUGAAGUCAGCGGUUGAACUUCAACAGAAGUCUGUGUUAUUAGGUGUGGAUCCUUAUGCUCUGAUCAUGUGUGAAGGAAAGACAGUUAGAACUCCUACACUCCAAAACACACGGAACCCAGAAUGGAAUUCUGGAGCGCUGUUUUAUGUCCGUAGGCCCAAGAAAACCCACUUGAUAGUGCAGAUAUGGGACAGCAAUGUCUUUUGUGAUACCUUCCUGGGUCAAGCGAAAAUGACCAUCGACAUCAACAACAGAACUGUGGUCCUACAACAUCAACUGAGGGGCAGAAGGCGACAGCACAAUGAAACGAUGCCUGGCGCCGUUACAUUGGAGAUUGGUUGUUAUCACGAUCUCAUAGCGGUCUAGUCAAGACCUCUUUGCUUUGUAAUGAAGAAUAGCGACAGAGAUUGCAGCGGGUAGAUGUGCGACAGAUAUUCCGUUUCCCUCCGCAAUAAUGUGGGUGUCACUUAUCGAUACGCAAUCCGAAAGUGUGCUUAUUAGCUUGCUUGGCAAAAUCCGCGGCGAAAACGUGAGUCGAAAGUUUCAAUAACACUAUGAUGAAAAAUAGACAGGACGUUUGCUCGUUUGGCAACAACGAUGGACGACCAUGAUGUUAAAAUAGUUCACUGACCAAAUGUUCAUUUACCUCCUUACAACAGACAAACUAUGAGGUAUGCUUAUUGUGGCUGAUUUGCAAGUUAUCGUCCCGAUCGCCUCGAAGGUUUCGAAGCAUUUUGAUAUGACUGGAGCGAUUUCGAUUUCCAUAUAUGUGCCUUGAUCAUCUCAAAAAGUUAGACUGCUCUGUAACUGCCAUGAGCCUUUAAACAAAAAAGCAGCCGUACGAAAAGUAGUGACUUACAGAAUACGGCAAUACGUUUUGAGAUGUAUUUCUAUCAAUCUAAUCGCGGACGCCUGCGAGCAGUUUCUCAUAAGGCGAUUAUGAUUUGUUUGGAUUGAAUUUCAAUCUGACAGGCGAUCUUGUCUAGUGUCGUAUCGAACGUCCUGUAGUCGACAAUCCCGAUUGCUCGAACCUAUUCUGAACGAAUGGGGAUAUCAAUCGACUACAUGGAAACCAGCUUUAAACAAUUGUUACAGGGAUAUCAUAAAAAAUACAGAGUGUAAAAAAAAACACCAAUUAUAAAAUACGUAGAGAUAAUACCAUAGCUAAAAUGCCAUGUACUACCUAUUUGGGAAUACGAUCAAUUUAACACACUCUAUUUUAGUACAUAUAUAUUUUUCUCAUUUGUACUUAUAGUGACAUAAUUUUCUAGUUUAUCCUAUAUUUUUAAAUUUUGAGUAUGUUAAUUUCAUCAGUGAGUACUAUAAGAGCCAUCCUCUAUAAAUAAAGCUUCUACUUACUUCA